GUUGAGAGUGCCACACAAGGAUGUUGAGAUUUGUGGGUGAGCACUGAUGACUCAGCAAUCAGCAGUAGUAGUGAGACAAUACAACUCGCAACUGCUUGCUUGGAUGCUCUGCUCUGCUCUGCUCUCCCCCAACUCUCCUCCCCUCCACCGCCGGUCCGCCGCCGCGACAGCUCGCCGUGGCCUCCAACCCCACGCCGCCGUCGACCCCAAGCACGUCCGAUCUCCCCUCUUCGUGCCUAGGGGGUUGGGAUUGGAAACUAGGACCACGGGAUAAGCAAGGACACAGAGAGAAGCGCCCCCACUGACCGACUGACUGGGAUAACACCGGGUCGCCAUUGCCGCCGGCGGCAUGAAGAUCCUGGUGGCGGUGAAGCGGGUGGUGGACUACGCGGUGAAGGUGCGGGUGCGGCCGGACCGGACGGCCGUCGACACGGCCAGCGUCAAGAUGUCCAUGAACCCCUUCUGCGAGAUCGCCGUGGAGGAGGCGCUGCGGCUCCGCGAGGCCGGCGCCGCCUCUGAGGUCGUCGCCGCCACCGUGGGGCCCGCGCAGGCCGCCGACACGCUCCGCACCGCGCUCGCCAUGGGCGCCGACCGCGCCGUCCACGUCCUCCACGACCCCGACCCGGCCCGCCCGCUCCUCCCGCUCGCCGUCGCCAAGAUCCUCCGCGCCCUCGCGCUCCAGGAGAGCCCCGGCCUCCUCAUCCUCGGCAAGCAGGCAAUUGAUGAUGAUUGCAACCAAACAGGACAAAUGCUAGCUGCAUUGCUCAACUGGCCUCAGGGAACCUUCGCCUCAAAGGUGAUAAUUGACAAGGAUAAGCAAAAAGCUACUGUUGAGCGAGAGGUCGAUGGUGGAACUGAGACAAUCUGCUUGGAUUUACCAGCAGUGAUCACCACUGAUCUGAGACUGAACCAGCCCCGGUACGCUACGCUGCCAAACAUAAUGAAGGCGAAGUCGAAGGUGAUCAAGAAAGUAACCCCUGCAGACCUGAACGUCGAUGUCAGGUCAGACAUGGAGGUGCUCCGGGUGGACGAGCCGCCAAAGAGGAAAGCCGGGGUGAUCCUCUCGUCUGUCGACGAGCUUCUUGAUAAACUGAAAAACGAAGCUCGUGUCCUGUAACUAGUUCACAUAUGUACACCCAAAUAAAGUGCAAUUCCAAACAAAUGAAAUAAAGAUGUGUUUCCUCCCCCA